AUGGUAGACAGUGGCUGCCACUAUGAGCUCAAAUACAGCAACAAUUGGGUCAGAGUCACUAAGGUGGACUGGCAGCAGAAGAGGAAUGGCACUACCCACCAUACCCAGGAUUUCCCCAGCCCCAAUUUGGUGGUCCGCAGGGGCCAGAUGUUCACCAUCAUAAUGAAUUUCAGCAGAGCCCUUGAGAGCCAGGAGGCCCUGAUCUUCACGGUGGAGACAGGACCCCAGGCUACUGAGGCCCUCCAUACCAAAGCUGUGUUCCAGGCAUCGGAGUCAGAGGCAGGCACUGCCUGGAGAGCAGUCCAGGAGGUUCAGACUGAGAACAGCCUGACCAUCAACCUCACCAGCCCUCCCAAUGCCGUCAUUGGCCGCUACUGGCUGAGCGCCAGGGUCUCCUCCCGCCGCAAACAGAGUAACAGGAAGUUGGGCAACUUUGUUCUCCUUUUCAACCCAUGGUGCCCAGAGGACGACGUGUUUCUGGCCUCAGAGGAGGAACGACAGGAGUACGUGCUCAAUGACAGUGGGGUCAUCUUCCGAGGCGUGGAGAAGAGCAUCCGAGCCCAAGGCUGGAACUACGGGCAGUUUGAGGAAAACAUCCUGAACAUCUGCCUCUCCAUCCUGGACCGAAGCCCCAGUCACCAAGACAACCCAGCCACCGAUGUGUCCCAUCGUCAUGACCCCAUCUACAUCACCAGGAUCAUCAGUGCCAUGGUGAACAGCAACAAUGACAGAGGUGUGGUGCAAGGCCUGUGGCAGAGCAAGUAUGGUGGUGGCACCAGCCCGCUGCACUGGCAAGGCAGUGUGGCCAUUCUGCAGAAGUGGUUCAAGGGCAGGUACAAGCCAGUCAAAUACGGCCAGUGCUGGGUCUUCGCUGGAGUCAUGUGCACAGUCCUUAGGUGCCUGGGGAUCGCCACGCGGGUUGUGUCCAACUUCAACUCAGCCCACGACACAGACAGGAACCUGAGUGUGGACAAAUACGUGGACUCCUUUGGGCGGAGCCUGGAGGACUUGACGGAGGACAGCAUGUGGAAUUUCCACGUCUGGAAUGAGAGCUGGUUUGCCCGGCAGGAUCUGGGUCCCUCGUACAAUGGCUGGCAGGUUCUAGAUGCCACCCCCCAGGAGGAGAGUGAAGGCAUGUUCCGGUGUGGCCCAGCCUCAGUCACCGCCAUCCGUGAGGGUGAUGUGCACCUGGCCCAUGAUGGCCCAUUUGUGUUUGCGGAGGUCAAUGCAGACUACAUCACCUGGCUCUGGCAUGAGAACGAGAGCCGGGAGCGAGUGUACUCAGACACAAAGAAGAUUGGGAGGUGCAUCAGCACCAAGGCUGUGGGCAGCAACUCACGCAUGGACAUCACAGGCCUCUACAAGUAUCCAGAAGGGUCCAGGAAGGAGAGACAGGUGUACCGCAAGGCUGUGAGGAAGCUGUUCAGCGUGGAAGCGUGUGGGCGGAGAGACCGGAUCCGCAGGGCAGGAGGACGUGGUUUCUGGUGUGAAGACCUCCUGGAGCCCGCCACCAAGCCUAGCAUCACUGGCAAGUUCAAGCUGUUGGAGGCACCUGUCCUGGGCCAUGACCUGAAGCUGGCCCUGUGCCUGACCAACCUCACCUCCCGGGCCCGGAGGGUCCGUGUCAACCUGAGCGGCUCUACUAUCCUCUACACCCGCAGGCCAGUGGCAGAGAUCCUGCAUGAAUCCCACACAGUGCAGCUGGGGCCUGAGGAAGAGAAAAAGAUCUCAGUCACAGUAUCUUACUCUCAGUAUAAGGAAGACUUGACAGAGGACAAGAAGAUCCUGUUGGCUGCCAUGUGCUUCAUCAACAAAGGAGAGAAGCUCCUAGUAGAGAAGGACAUUAUUCUGGAGGACUUCAUCACCAUCAAGGUGCUCGGUCCAGCCAUGGUGGGGACAGCAGUUGGGGUGGAAGUGAUGGUGGUCAAUCCCCUCUUGGAGAGAGUGGAGGACUGUGUGCUGUUGGUGGAGGGCAGCGGUCUGCUCCAGGGACAGCUCAGCAUCGAUGUGCCCAGCCUGGAGCCUCAGGAGAAGGCCUCGGUCCAGUUCAACAUCACCCCCUCCAAGAGUGGCCCCAGGCAGCUGCAGGUGGACCUUGUCAGCCCCCACUUUCCGGACAUCAAGGGCUUUGUGAUCGUUCACGUGGCUGCAGCCAAGUGAUGGGCCAGGAGAGGCUGAGAGGGGAAGAGAUGGCGAUAUCCCCUCCUGCCCACUUUUGUCCCUCCCAUGUGGCAGCCAGGAAGC